AUGACGGAUUCUGCCGAGGCCUUCUUGGCCGGCAUCGAGGAUGAGGUUAGAAGCAAAAACGCUACCGGCAACGACCGCACCAACAGCUCCUCGGGUCGAGACCGAGACCGAGAGCGGGAACGCGAACGCGAACGGGACCGCAGAGAUCGCAGGUCAGGAAGAGAGGCAUACGAAGACGAUCGCAACGCAUCUUCGAGCUCGCGCAAAAGGAGAGAUGCCGACGACCGGGAUGACCAGGAUCGGUAUCCUCGCAAAGUGCAGCGAGAUGACCGGGAUCGCGAUCGACGCGACAGGGACAAGGAGGAGGAUGAGCAGCGUCGUCGCAGGCGCAGGGACGAUGACUACUACAACGGCGGAACAGGUCGAGGAAAUCGCGAUGGAAGAGACGGCUACUCGUCGUAUCGACGAGACUAUCGUGACCGAGGCGAGGAUCGAUACUCUUCUCGCAGGGAGCGCUCCAGAUACGAUAACGACGACCACUACCGCGAGCGAGGCAAUAAAAGCCGUGGUGGAGAUUGGAGGAGCGCUGAAGGGCGUGACAGCAGCCCGUCUGUGCGUCGCAGCCCUACACCAGAAGGUACCAUCCCCAUCAGCGAGCGCGCCAGGCCCGAAUCCAAGUGGGACAUUCCUGCGCCAGGCUUUGAAGGCACCAGCGCUCUCGCCGCCAAAGCUACAGGGCUAUUUGGUAUUCCCGGCCAGACUCGACUUGUCGGCAUGCCACCCGUCAAUCUCGGCGUCAAUGGUCCAGGUGUUCCGCCCGGUGUAGGGCUGCCCCUGCCACCGAUUCAUAUGGGCGGGCAGCCCAUCCAUCCUCACCGUGGUGGGCCGCAUUCGCAAUCUCGACAGCCCUACCCGUCUCAGCACGAUCAGCCGUAUCCGCAUCCCAACAUGCAUCAGCAGCACGCGUAUCCGCGUUCGCAGCAGCCGCCACACGGCCAACCUUACUCGCCGCACGGCUCAUAUGGCGCCGACAAUGGCUCGCAUCCGUCAUCGCAAGGACCUUCCCCAGCCGAGCUCGCAGCUCAAAAUGCCAAUCGCCAAGCACGUCGACUGUACGUCGGCAAUAUCACCCCUCAGACUAAUGAGCAAAACAUCAUCGCCUUCUUCAACGAGCAGAUGCUCAAGCUCAAGCUCGGCACCGAACCUGGCGAACCGGCCGUGUCGGCACAGGUCAACGUCGACAAGGGUUAUGCGUUUGUCGAAUUUCGCCAUCCCGACGAGGCGACCAACGCUAUGUCAUUCGACGGCAUCGUGUUCCAAGCGCAAUCGCUCAAGAUCCGACGUCCCAAGGAUUACACAGGCCCGGAUGUGCGUCCGCCUUCCAACAUUCACGUGCCCGGUGUGAUUAGCACCAAUGUCCCCGACUCGCCGUUCAAGAUCUUUGUCGGCGGGCUCCCUACCUAUUUGACGGACGACCAGGUGAUCGAGCUGCUGCAGGCGUUUGGCGAGCUUCGUGCGUUCAACUUGGUAAAGGACACUGCCACGGGUGCAUCGAAGGGAUUUGCCUUCUGCGAGUACGUCGACACUGCGCUGACCGACCUCGCGUGCCAGGGACUCAACGGCAUGGAGCUAGGCGACCGCAACCUGGUCGUGCAACGCGCGAGCGUGGGCAGCGAGAAGAAGGCACAGGCGCUUGCUGCUACGGGCGCCAAUGCGGGUGCGUUGGGCGGUGCGGCGGUCCCGAGUUCAGUGCAGCAAUUCGCUGGCGAAGGAGGCGAUGCGGGCGAACCCACGUCGUGCAUGGUCAUGCUCAACAUGGUCACACCAGAGGAGCUGCAGGACGACGAAGAAUACGCCGAUAUCGUCGAAGACAUUCGCGACGAGUGCACGAAGUACGGCCCAGUCACCGACGUGCGCGUGCCCAGACCGGCGAAGGAGAGCAAAGGAGCGGCUGCUCACCAGUGGAAGCGCAGCCAGGACGAAAGCAAUGCGGACGGCGAGAAGGCCGAGGCAGAACGAGAGGGCGUGGGCAGAGUGUACGUGCGAUAUGGGGAGACCGAGCACUGUGCUCAGGCUCUGAGGGCGAUCGCGGGUCGUCAAUUUGGUGGCAGGACCGUGAUCUGCGCUUUCCUCAAAGAGGAGGACUGGCCGGGCGACGAGGAUGGCGGACACAACGCGGACGAUACAGCGGCCCAAGCGAAAGGCGCUGCUUUUGGGUUGUGA